AUGGUACAACCUUCUGAAGCUCGUACGGGGGAGAAACGAGGCCCCGGAAGGCCGCCAAAGAGCGCAACUCCCGCGCUUAAGAGACAGCGAACUUCGAUUGGUGCACCAACGACACCUGCACUCGCGAGUCCAUCUACACGGUCGCCAGCUAUCGGAUCUCCAGCUCCCGAUCGGAGGAACUCGCGAUUGCCUGUGAAACUAGCAGAGAAUAAGCCGCUGCCCAGCCUACCUGCGCCGCAACCUGCUGGCUUGUCCGAUGAUGAAUACCACACAAUUGCAGCGAGCGGGGUGCUCGCGGCAUCUGUCGAGCGCUCCCGUCUCAAUUGGGCAUGUAACGGUGUGUUCAAGAAGUACUGGACGAAGCCGGAGACCGGCAAGAACGCGAAGCCGCCUCCUCCAGGCAAUCCGGAUGCAAAGUGCAUGAAGGCCAAGGGCGAAUGCCGGUUACGAAUAGAGCCGCACAUAUUUGAGGCGGAAGUCUAUGUGGAAGAGCGACCAAAGCAUCCUAUGCCCCCAAAGCAGUACACACCCGCGCCAACGCAGAGCUCGUAUGGAGUUCCUUCCCGACCGGCGCAGAGUCUGCCAGUCCAGCAAGGUAGACCGCCUGUCACAAACGGACAGGCUCCACUACAACCCGCACAGCGAUCGAGUACACCACUUCAGCCAAAUCUGCCGCAGCAGCCACGUGCGCAGUCAGCCUUGGGUGCAACAGGGAACCAGCAAGAGAAGAAGGCCGAUCCUGUCAUUAGUAUGCUUGCUUCCCGCGCAUCUUCUGAUGCCGAGCUGAAAGCGCUGAUGAAGGAGGUAGCUACGGGAAAUGCAACUCAGGACCAGCUCAAGAUCUUCCAGCGCCAUAUCGAUGAGCUCACGGGCAUCRUUCAGAAAAAGAAGGGUGACGAUGACGAUCAUCCAUCGAAUGGCACACAGCAUUCAAAUGCGAUACAGUAUGACGGACCAGCGGACGUGAAACCACAGCCACCGCCGCCACCGUUACAUGCUGCUCCUCUACCCCAGCAGCCUUCCCAAGCUCGGCCAGCCAUCUCGACGCCUCAAGCUCCUCCAGCAUACCAUCAGCAGCCUACCUGGGCAACACCACCUCCAGUGCAGACAAGCUUUCCAGUUAUGCUCGACUUCAGCAAGAAGACACCGGGAGGAACAGAGGACCGAUUUCUUUUCCCACAGCACUGUGUAUUGGAGAAUCUUUCCCCGCAACACCUCUUGGUUAGCUUUAUCGUCACUCGAUACGGCAGGGAGGCUGCAGAUCCAACAGGUCUCGAGCCAGACAAACAGUACUGGCAGCCCGUGACGAUGAUGGUUGAGGUCGCAUACACUCGGGAGGAGAUAUUGAAUUGUAUUCGUCGAUGGGUCAAACCACUGGAGGAAGUGCGGAAACAUAUGGAGGACACGAUGAAAACAUGCACUCGGGCCCCAGAAACGUACCUCGCGAUGCGUCUACCGGUCAAGGGCGCGGUGCCAGAGAUUGAAGAGGCAUCAAAGGAGGCUACGCCACUCAUCGAAGAGAAGCCCACCAGACCGAAAUCUACUGUGAAAUAUGUCAAGCGACCUUCGACCUCGAAAGCUGUCGCUGCUUCUUCCAAGAAAUCGGAGACGGCCAAGGAGCAGCUUACUGGGAAGGAAAAGGCCGAUGCUGUCGCGCCUCCUGCGCCGCUGAAGGAGCAGAGCGGAGGUACUCCAAAUCCUGCCACUGACGGCGCAGCUGAUACGCCCGGCUCCAAUGAAUCUGAGCGACCUAGGAGAGCUGUCCGCAAAAGCGUGAGAAUUAGUGAAGGCUAG